GAAGAAGAAGAAAACAACAGCCGUUAGCAGUUAGCAGGAGAAGGCGACGGAGAAGAAGAAGAAUGACGAGAAUGUUAAACGGGAAAUAGAGGAGACGGAGAACAGUUCAGUGGACGUUAACUCAACGCCUUGACCUCGGAGUGUUGCCAUUGAACAUCGCUGCAUUACAUCAGCCAAAGUAUGACAGAACCCCAGUCGGCGUUGUUACUCAGGAGACAGCUUGCAGAGCUGAACAAAAACCCAGUGGAGGGAUUCUCUGCAGGCCUGAUUGAGGAUAAUGAUCUCUACAGAUGGGAAGUCCUUAUCAUUGGUCCUCCAGAUACACUGUAUGAAGGUGGUGUGUUUAAAGCUCAUCUGACAUUUCCCAAAGAUUACCCUCUCAGGCCACCUAAAAUGAAAUUUAUCACAGAUAUUUGGCACCCUAAUGUUGAUAAGAAUGGAGAUGUAUGUAUUUCUAUUUUGCACGAGCCUGGGGAGGACAAGUAUGGCUACGAGAAACCAGAGGAGCGCUGGCUGCCUAUCCACACAGUGGAAACCAUUAUGAUUAGUGUUAUCUCUAUGCUGGCAGACCCAAACGGUGACUCACCAGCAAACGUGGAUGCUGCAAAAGAGUGGAGGGAGGACAGACACGGUGCAUUUAAAAGGAAAGUUGCCCGCUGUGUACGAAAAAGCCAAGAGACUGCAUUUGAGUGAUAUUUAGCAAGGAUCUAGCUUCACGUUUUCAGGGUCUACAAUUGAAAAUCAACAUGGCACUGUUUCCUGCACUCUUCCACCCGCCAGGCUUGUCCUCCUUUAUUUUGACAGGAUCCGACUGGCUACUGUAGGUUACAGUAGAACGUAACAGUGACUACCAAGGCUGCAAGAAAAGCGCCCAGCAAGUGCCAACCCAAAAAAACAAACAAACCCAGAAGAUGAUAAAACAUUUUUCAAGUCUAUGAACUGCUCCAACAUUCAGGAAGAUAUUGUAAAGACAUGUAUAUAGCACAGACUUAACCGGAUAAUAUAUAAGCUCCCGUUCCAUCCAUGAAGACACUUAGACCAAAUGGCUAGCGCUGAUUCCGAUAGAUUUAUUUUUGUCCUCUCUCCCUCUCUCAACUCCAGCAUGCAUUAGUUUUCUCUUCACAUUGUUUUAUCUGGAUGUCUUACACAGAGAAUUGUUAUCAUGUUGGGGGAAUGUCACCUAUGUAGAACUCGGCUGAUUCAAGUGAGACAUGAAUGAUGUGACCGAUAAAGGGUUCUUCCAUGUUAGAAUACAAAGCUGUUCUCAUGGGUUCUUUAAACACUCUCAGAACUCGACAACGUACCAUAAUGAUUUAAUUUUUCUUCAUCUGUUGAAAGUCUUACCAUCCUGCUCCAUUGACUCAAGAAAGGCAACAUAACCCUUACCUUACAUACCUUUAUGUGCAUGCUAGUUUUUGUUCAUCUUUUUUCAAAAGUGCCUCCUAAUAAAAUGCUUGGCCACUUCACCCUGCAAUGAACAAGUGUUUAUAAGGUUCAGAAAAAAGAUUGAGAAAUUGUAUACCACCUAGGUAUGAAUUUAAUCAAUUGUCAGUUUACAGGGAGUCUGUAUCAUUAAAUACUUGGUAACAAUUUGGUGUAGCAAUAAUUAUCCUAUUAUUAAGUGUACACAUGUUAAUUUUUCAUGUCCUGAUACAAUUUGAGACCCUCUUCUCCAAUAUUCUGUUAUUUUAGCAGCCUCACUCUUAUUUGUCUGUAUUGUCCUUGUUAGGAGCUGUUAUGCAUGCUGUAUCUUUCUUUUAUGUUGGUUUGUUUUCUGCAGAAUGUUUCCGGGAUUAUGUUUGAGUGUUUGUGUGUAAAGUACGUGUGCCCAUUUGUUUCGUCACGCUCACCCACAGUCUCAUGAUCAUUCUGCUCACUGAACUAUUGCGGUUUUGCCUAAUGUACAAAGACAAAAUACUGAUGUAUAUUUUUCAUGUUAUGAAACCUGUUACCUGUAGUGAGUUCUUCUAAAAUAUUAUGUUUUUUUUCAAUA